GUAACACUACAACUUUUCUGUGGCGUCGCCUUCAAGUCUGCAACUCUUUUGCGUGGACUUCCAUGUUACAACGUUAACAUGGCAAUCUCUCAUUUGCGGUUUCCACUCUCGCCAUGGAUUACGAACCCUAGCUUGUGUUUUACUUCCUCGAGCUUGAAGUUUCUGAAAGUUUUCUGUUGGAAUCUGUCGACUUCUGCACUAAACCUUGACGUUCCAUCGACUUCGAAUCAGGAGAUCCAGGUUUCUGGCAAGAGAUGGGAUUCAUUUCGGAAGAAGAAAGUUGUAAUGCGGGUUGGAUACGUUGGAACUGAUUACAGAGGUUUGCAAAAACAACUAGACGAAGAUUCGUUAUCGACCAUUGAAGCAGAGCUGGAAACUGCCAUCUAUAAGGCAGGUGGAAUUCGGGAUAGUAAUUUUGGGUAUCUGCAUAAAAUUGGAUGGGACAGAAGUAGCCGAACUGAUAAAGGAGUUCAUUCCUUGGCAACCAUGAUAUCAUUAAAGAUGGAGAUCCCUGAAUAUGCAUGGAAAGAAGAUCCCAAUGGAAUUGCUCUUGCAAAUUAUGUUAACUCUAAUCUUCCCAAAAAUAUUACAGUUUUCAGCAUUUUACCUUCCCAAAGGAGCUUUGAUGCAAGAAGGGAAUGUAACAUUCGGAAGUACUCCUAUCUUCUUCCAGCUGAAAUUAUUGGGAUAAAAAAUGACUUUAGUUUAACAGAAAUUGAUCAUCAUUUAUCAGAGUUCAAUAAUGUGCUCAAGGUUUUCGAGGGUGAGCAUCCUUUCCACAACUAUACAGCACGAGCCAAGUAUAGGAAACAGUCUCUAAAGAAAGGCCACAAAAAUACAAGAAUACAAUCAUCUUCCUCUGAGUCUGAGGAGAGCAACGGAUUUGAAAAAUAUGGGGUUGAUUUGGCUGCUGUGUUAGAUGUCAGUGAAGAAAAUCUGAACUCAUCACACUCUGCUGACUCAGAUGAGCAUCCAAUUUGCACUUCCAAAAAACAAGGCAGUAGUUUGACAAGUAAAGGUUUCCAUUUACCACCACGUGCGAGAUGGCUACACGAGCCAGAUGAGAAUGAUAGGCUUAGUGGAUCGCACUUCAGAAAGAUUUUCUCUUGUUCUUGUGGAAAGCUGAAGAAUUCAUCGGGAACAGCUUACGUUGAGAUUUCUAUCUGCGGAGAGUCCUUCAUGUUGCAUCAAAUCCGCAAAAUGGUGGCGACUGCAGUGGCAGUAAAGCGGAAGUUACUACCACCAGAUAUAUUGGAAUUGUCAUUGAACAAGUUCUCCCGGAUUGUUUUACCACUCGCCCCGUCGGAAGUUUUGAUUCUGAGGGGGAACCAUUUCUCACUGCGGUACCAUCCUGGUAAUGUAACUCGUCCUGAAAUGCUGACAUUGGUGGAAUCGGAAGAAAUUCAGAAGGCAGUUGAUGAGUUCUACACAUCUGUGCUGUUGCCUCAGUUAUCCAAAUUCUUGGACCCUUCUAAUUCUCCAUGGAAGGAAUGGGUUGAGAUAUUGGAUGCAAACACAAGUAUUCCAGAUGCAGAGUUGGAGGAAGUGAGGAAGGCUUGGAGAUCCUGGAAGGAAAAUUUUCGGACUAAGCCUAAAAUUGCAUUCCAACCAAUGAAUUGAGGACAGACGCAAUGAAGAUUUCAGAGUUUUUGUUUUCUUCUUAAUUUCUUGAAGAGUUUUAUAUGUCAGUCUCCUUGUAGAGAAAUCUGUAUGAUCAGAAAUAUUUAAUGGAGCAGCUUAUCCUGCAGUCCAAAGGCAUCCAGUC